UAUAAGUUUUAAAAAUAUAUACUGCAUAAAUAUCCCAAUUACGCAAUUCAAUAAAAAACCAACGAACAACAUAUCUUAAAAACCUAAGGAAUUAAUAAUAGCAGAUCAUUUUCGAACGCGGCUGCUUAAAGAAAAUGGCGAAAUGAGAUUCGUGGUAUUGAAUCUUAGCAUUGACAAGUAUUCUUAAAUUGAAAUUUUUUUUACAGCAGGUAGGGUAAGCGGAGGCGAUUACUUAUUUAAAUCGAAACGAAAAGUAAAACACUCGGAAGUGAAGCGCAUGAAAAGGGGAUAGCAAGAAAAUAAUAAAUCAGAGAAUCAGACCAGCGGGCUGAUUACGAACACCAUCGACGUGCGUUAUUCUUCACGCGGUAACGAAACACGUAUCGCAUUUGGUGAUUACGACCCACCUUGCGAUAUGCGUUUCAUUAUUUUCCACGGUAACGCUAACCUGCGAUACGAAUCCAUGACGUCAGAGGACAAGCAACAACUGAACAAUUAAUAUUUUCGUCGAACAGACUAUUUUGUCAGUGAAUCAUGACUACUUAGUGUUACUGGGAACAAAAUAAUAUUUUUCAAUGCAUUAAUUUCUUAAAUAAAGUCUUUAAAGCUUUUUUGCGGCCUUUUUCGUAGAAGUUUGAAUUAAUAAUGCAGUUAAAGAUUUCGCGUCGUCAUUGUGGCUAACUGCGUCUUGCCAUGUAAACAUAAACAUCGAACGAGAAGCAUGUAUAUACUUCAAUAGAACGAAAAUGAGGCCACUCUUUGCAGGUUUUCGUUGCCAUUUUGCUUAGAAUUUUUGAACGUCUUUAUUUAGUUUGGUUUUAUUUUUCAAAUAAAUUAUAUAUGUGAUUUUAUCGUUCGAAUGCAUAAUUUAUGUUAGAAGUUUCACUUCUAGCCUACAUUGUAAUUUUAUGUCACUCUUUCCUAUAUUUCCAAUAAUUUUAUUAAUUAAAUUCUAACAGACCAUAUCAAGUUCCCUGGCUUACAAUUGUAAUGAUAUCAGGUUACAUUUCCCACUACACCAAAUUACCACAAACAUAGUAGCCGCCCAAAGAACUGCAAAGGAGAAUAAAAAUUGCAGUUUGAUAUAAGGCUGCUGAUCGCCGAGCAGCCGGAUGCAGUCUGCUGGGACUGCGGGAGGAGGGGCGCCGGUUGGCGAUGACGUCAUCUCCGGCACCUCCGGCGAGGAGAGGAUGGUCACAGUCUCCUUCGCCACUUCGGAGCAGCGAGAGGACUCUGUCAACACGGUGGACGUGCGGGCUAGCUCCAGCGGCAGUGGUAGUGGGCUGAUUAGCCAGUCGCUGUGUUGCCGUAUCUGCCUGGGCCUGAGCGAAGAGGAGCUGCUGUCUCCCUGCCGGUGCGUGGGCACACUGGCCUUCGUGCACCGCUCCUGCCUGGAGAAGUGGCUCAGCAUCGCUGGUCGCGACUACUGCGAGCUGUGCGGGCACAAGUACCGUGUGCUGCGGGUGCGCUGCUACAAUGCCUGCACAAGCCUGCGGGUUUGGGUGCGCCAUCGUAGCGUUCGCUUUCACUUGCUGCUUGACAUCUGCCUGGUGCUGCUCAGCCUGGUGGCCGUGGGGCUGAUCAUCAGGACGUGCCUGCAGUACAGCCGCUACGCCGCCAACCGCCCGCUCGUGUUCGUGUUCUCCGGCGUGGGCGUGCUGGCCUACUGCCUCAUCAUCCACACGCUGCUCAAGAUGCACCUGGUGGACUGGUGGCGCUGGUGGAACAGCUGCGCCCACGUGCGGCUGCUGCUGGACUAGCGGCCGGGCGGUCUCCUCGGCGCGCCCACGAUGUACCAUACCUGCUUCCGCAAAUAAACUAGCUCUCACGGCUUGCUUACUUACUUACA